UACGGCCCGGCGAGGCACCGCCGUCCCGCCGCUCCCGGACCGGCCUCCUGGAACCGUAAACACCGUUUGCUGGACGAGCGGCUUCUGAAGUGUCCGGAAUUACAGGGGGCCUUGGAGUUGUGGAGGAAGUUGCACGGAGAGGCUCAGCUCAAAGCCCAGCUCUGCUUUUGUGCUGUUGUGGGAUCGCGAGUGACUUAAACAUCAGCAAAGUUGCGCGGAGUAGCGCUGGAGUCUGAAAGCAAUGCAGUUACCGAGCCAGUGACAUACUCUCCAGUACUACUUCUGUUUUAUAGUACAUGGUGUCCUAGUUUCUUUUUUUUUUCCCCUUUGACUACAUUUUAUAAGAAGAUGAAGAACAGAAAGCAAUGUAUUCAAGAUACUGAGGAUAAGAGGCAUGAAGGCAUGGAAGGUGAAGAAAACGAAGAAAGCUGUUCCUGUUCUGCUUUGUUGUGUGAUGGCAGCACGUGCCCCAUCUGUCUGAACUGCCUUCUAGAGCAAGAGAUUGGUUUUCCUGAGAACUGCAGUCAUACCUUCUGCAUGGCUUGUAUUCUUAAGUGGGCUGAGACACAGGCUUCAUGUCCUAUCGAUCGCAGACCAUUUCAAGCAGUGUGCAGGCUGGAUGCAUUAGACAAACAGAUAAAGGUUCAGGUUAAAAAACAGCAAAGGAGGAAGGAAGAAGAAGAAGAAACCUGUGCCUGCAAUAAGGAAACUUAUAGCCAUAUGAAGAUGAGAAGUUUUGUGAGAAGAACUGUAUGUCCAAACAGAGGGCUAUUAGCAGCAAAAUUAAGCAAAGUUGUGAAGAAAAAAUACAGUAAUAUUUUGUAUGACAGACGAAACAAGAAAGCUUUGUCUGGGAAGAUAAAUAAGCCAGCCCAGUACACAGCAACAGAGUUGACUGCACACAUGCAAAAGGCAAUGUGCCAGCACACAGCAGACAAACCCAGAAGACAGACCUGCUGGAAUGAGUGCAUCAGAACUAAUUUCUUCAGCACACUUCUGGCCAGUGAUAGCAGUGAAGAAUCCUUUUUUAGCUGUAGGAAUGACUGUGCAGAACUCACAGAAGUCAAUACAGGGAUCAGACAGAAGAGACAAGAACUGGAAUUGUCCUGUUCAUCUGUGAUUGCUAGAGUUGAAAGAGUUCCUUUAAUGUUGUAUGGAGCUGAAGCCGAGACCUUUCUUCUCACUUCUACUGCAGUGGCAGAGACAAUUCUUCCAACGAAUAUCAGGCCUUUGGAAAACUUUGAAUCUUUAGGCAAAGGAUAUGCUGUUGCUUGUACCCAAGAAGGAGAAGAGAAAAAGGAAACUUCUGGUUCAUCUGGCACGAGAGGAAGUAGGAGGAAAUCGGUUAAUACUACUCCUACAAGAAGGUCUGCACGAAACACCAAAAACGAGACUCUGAGUCAAUCUCGGAUCUCACCUCGAUCAAGCAGUUCUGCUUGCAGCGCCCCUGACGGCAAUAACCCAUCCCUGAAUAAAACUCAUUCAGAACCAGAGAAGGCUCCUCCAAAACGCAAGUCUAAAAGAGCAGUUAAACAACAAACAUCUGCGGUGAAAAAGAAACUGAGAAGUUCUGCACGUUUUGAAAAAUCGCCCAGUGGCUCUGUGGAAGAUGAUGAUGUUGCUGAGUCUGAAGCAGUUCUAACAGUAGAUAAAGACCAUCAGUCAGAUAUUGAAAGCAGCAAUGCAAGCCUUGCACAGAAGAAUAAUGGGGAGACAGAAUCUGCUAAUGGAUUGGAAAGCUGUAGUGAACAUGCAGAAAUUGAGGAAACUACAGGAGAAUGCAACCAAGAUGAAGAUAAUUCAGGCAAUGUGGAUUUAAGUUUUUCUGUCCAAGAACCUCCAAUACUAACUUUAGGAGGUGAAAAUCAGGAAUCUGAAGUAAAAGGUAUUACUGAAAGAAAAGUAGGUCUUACUGAUCAAGACGUUUGUGAAAAUUCUCUUGAACGAACAGAAACAGUAGCUAGUCCCAAAGAUGACAUAUGUGACCAUACAACUUUUGAAAAAGUAAAUCAGGCAUCAUGUAGUCCUCAAAAUGAAUCAAUGGAAAAUGUAGAAACUUCGACAACAGUAGAUCAACCCAUAGCUAGUCAAGAAAAUGAAUCGUUGGAACAUCUAGAACCUUUGGGAAAAGAUCAGUCGUCAGAGAGCCCCAGAAGAGAAUUGUCUGAUCAUCCCAAAGUCAUGGAAAUAGCUAAUUCUGAGACUGAACUCAACCCAGUAGUAGACUGUUCAAGUCUGAAGACUCUUCAAGAUGAAGAACCAGAUAUGCUAAUACACAGUAUUUCUGUGAACAGUACAUCAGAGCAAUCCUUAAAAGAGAAUGCCAUUUCAGAAAGUGAAGAGGGUGGAACUUCAGAAUCACCCCAGGUAAACGCUGAACAUAAACAUUUUGGUGAAGAUAACAAUGAAAUGAUAGCAAUGGAUUGUGACUCAUUUUGCAGUGACCAGAAUGAACCUCAGAUUGAGCAGUUACCAGCAGCUGAAAGUACAGAGCAAGGAGAAGUGAAUUCCUUACAGUGUGAUGUGGGAAACUGUGCAUCAGUUUCUGAUGAAAAAGAUGAAGCUAUUCCUCAAGAAAGAGAGUGCCAACCAGAACUCAAAAAAGAGAAAAAGACUCGAACUAGAAGAUCUAGGUUUCAUUCUCCAUCGACAACUUGGUCUCCUAGGAGAGAGGGCAGGAAAUCUCAAUCACCAUCCCCUAAAAGGGAUAUGAACAGAGACAGGAGCUCACGAUCACCCAAGAAGGAAACUGUGAGGGAGGGAAGGAGGUCCUUAUCUUAUUCUCCAAGGAGAGAAACACUCAGAGAUGAGAAAAAAACACCAUCUCGAUCUCCCAAAAGGGAAACUGUCAGGGAAAGCAGAAGAUCAUCAUCUCGGUCAAGAACUAAGGAUUCGUCUCCAAGGCAAAAAUCUAGGUCUCGAAGCAGUGAUAGAGAUUGUCAAAGAAGAGACCAUGACAGAGAAAGAAGAAAUAGAAGGUGGUCUAGGUCACGGUCUAGGUCAAGAUCACGAUCUAGGACAAGAAGUAAAGGUUCUUCAUUCUCUAGAAAUGAGAGGGAAAGUCAUUCACCUCGAUGGAAAGAGAGAUGGACAAAUGACAGCUGGAGGAGUCCCAGAAGAAAUGAUCGAUACAGGAGAGAUGAUCAAGAGAAACAGAAUGAAAAUCUUAAAAGAGAGAAGGACAGUACAGAAAAAAGCAAUGAUGUUCAGUGUUCUUCAGACAAGCAGAAGAAUGAUUGUCCAGACUGGGUAAUGGAAAGAAUAAACUCUGGUCCUGAAGUCAGGAACAGAGAGAGAGAGAAACCAUAUUGGGAAGACAGCAGGCAUGAUAAUGCAGGACAAUCUUGGAAUAAAAACUUUGGUUCAGGUUGGAUUCCAAAUCGAGGGAGAGGUCAGCGUGGACGAGGUGGGCGUGGGCGAGGUGGUUUCAUGUAUGGAGACCAGAGUGAAAAUCACUGGCAAAACAGGAAACCUCUCUCAGGGAACUCAGAUGGUCCUGGGAAUGAAGCUUCAAGGUUCUCAGAACAUCAGCCCUACAAGCGUAAGAAUGAACAAGAUUAUUCGUUCGAUACGCCUGCUGACAGAUCUGGGUGGACAUCUGCAUCCAGCUGGGCUGUAAGAAAGACUUUACCUGCUGAUGUGCAGAAUUAUUAUUUGAGAAGGGGACGCAAUUCAUCAAGCCCACAGUCUGGAUGGGGAAUGAGACAAGAAGAGGAGACACCUGAACAAGAUCCAAACCCCAAAGACCAAGGCAACCAGCAAAGUGAUGGUUCUCAGUUACCAAUAAAUAUGAUGCAGCAACAAAUGAAUGUAAUGCCACAAGUGAAUGCACAGCACCAACCUAUGAAUAUCUUCCCGUAUCCAGUGGGUGUCCAUCCUCCCUUGAUGAAUAUGCAACGAAAUCCUUUCAACAUCCACCCUCCAAUGCCCAUGCAUCUCCCUGCUGGAGUGCCUCUCAUACAGGUAGCUGCUCCCACAAAUAUUUCUCAGGGAUUACCUCCGCCUCCACCUCCACCCCCACCAUCUCAGCAAGUCAGCUACAUUGCAUCACAGCAAGAUGGAAAACAAUUGCAGGGUAUUCCAAAUGCUGCUCAUGUAAGUAAUAACAUGAGUGUUCCAGCCUUGCCUGCUCCAGCAGCAGUCCUGGGAAACGUGGGAACAGUUCAGGGACCAAGUUCGGGUAAUGCAACGUCAUCGGGUCACAUCAAGAGCUCUAAUGCAGCUGUAAAAUUGGGAGAAAACAAAGCAAGUGUAACAGUGGAAGCCAGUGCAGAUAGCUCGAAGAAGGACCAGAAAUUGUUAAUUCAAGAAAAAGCGGCACAAGAGGUCAAACUAGCUAUUAAACCUUUCUACCAAAAUAAAGACAUCACUAAGGAAGAAUAUAAAGAAAUUGUGCGGAAAGCUGUAGAUAAAGUUUGUCAUAGCAAGAGUGGAGAAGUUAAUUCUGCAAAAGUGGCAAAUCUAGUGAAAGCGUAUGUAGACAAAUACAAACAUUCACGGAAGAAAAAUCCUGAAGAGGCAGUUUCCUGUGAAAGGAAAUAGAAUAUGUUUUCAUUUUUUAGUUUUAUUCUAUCCGCAAAGUGCAAUUUCAACAUGAACCGUUAACUGAAAAGUGUACGUGACAGUGAUUUGAAUUUGGUUUUGAUAAAAUUAUUUUUCAAGGUAGUAUAUAAUGUUUUGUUCUAAAGAAAUAUAGAUCUGCAGGGCAACUUCUUUAUUCCUUUUUAAAAACAGAUGUCUAAAAAGAAUAAAGAUGUAAAGAAGAAUCAUUAGGAAUGUACGAUUGUGUGGAUACUUAGAUGUACAGCAUUUUGACUUCAAUAACAGUUCAUUAAAUUAGAAACUUCUGAGUACAUUGGAACAGGUAUGUACAGUACAUGUAAUCAGUCAGAUUAAAGUAAAUUUUUUCUUUUGAUAGCUCCCUAAUUAUAGCAAAGAUAAAAUAAUUAAUUGCCUUGAGAAAUAUUUCUAGCGUUAACUUGACAGGCUGAAUGCAGGGGUCACGAUGUGUAUAUUAAAAAGGCACAUGGAGUUGUCUGAACACAAGAACUGUUUAGAUUUUAAAAAGAAAUAUCAUAAACAGUAAAACGUGGUGCCCAAAAGCAUGGACGCUGCACAUCUGUUGUAACACCAAAUAAAAAUUAUGCUGCUUGGUAUUGUUUGUGAUGUUUUUCAGUUUGUUUCAAGAUAGUGGGAUAACUUGAAUAUUUUUGUGCUCAAAGCCCUCAAUCACCACAAACUGACCACCUCAGUUCACAUCUAACCCUGCCCUUAGCUAGUAGGGAAUUAGUGUACUACAGCUGGAUCUUCAGAAACAGAAACCAGCUUCUUUUUCAAGUAAAAUCAAGAAAGCUGGAAUUCAUUAUUAGGCUCCCAGUUGUGCCAAUCUUAGCUGCAUAAUGCUUUUCCUCAUUAACUAGGGACUGUAGCAUGGAUCGCCAGACUGGUAUCAUUGAAGCUGUGCCAUUGGAAGUCCUGUGUCUUCCUGCUUCCCCGGGCACUUUUGUGUAGGGAGAUUACUAGAAGUACCACAAGCAUUUCAAAAGCCAGGUGUGGGGUCACUGAAUGUGCUUGGGGAAUGAUUACACCCAACGUAAAACCAGUUUUACUGAGCAGCAGCAGGGAGGGUUGCUGAAACGCUGAGAUCACUGUGUUCCUUAUGGAAAGAACAGCUUGGGGUCCUCCUCCUUUGGGUAAGGAGCAGACGUAUUUGUUCCCUUACUCUUAGACAGUGCUAUUAAAAUUUUGUCACUAGCUCUCCAGACAUGCCAUGCCAUAACCUUUGGUGUUGGCUGAGCCUGGCUUCAGCUCCAGCCCUAGGUCUCCUGGCACAAAAGCAGGAGUAAACCAUUUUGACAGAAAGUAUCAGUCAAGUUUUCUGAGAAAUUACCUCUUUGUAGCCAGUAGUUCCCAAAUUACCUGUUCUUGGCAGAAAACAGUCUCACCCUGUAAGUAACUUUUGCAGAAACCUGAGGAUGAAAUAAGGAAUAUGCACCCCUGUACACACACACAUGUGGUUUACAGAGAGAGAGAUGUGUAAAAAUGUGAUGUUUGUCAUAAUAGUUGAUCACUUGAUUUUAACUAUAACUUUCUACAGACUUACUGAAGCAUUUGACUGUCUAUAUUUAUUUUUGUGUGCCUAAAUACAAAUGCUGUGUAAAUUAGAAACAGAUAUAAUACAUUUUCUACAGUCAAGCCAGGUUUUAGAUUUUUCAAAAUACUCAGUUUUACACUGUGGUAGCAAGUUGUAAGAUCUCUUGAACUAUUUUAAGCUAAAAUUGGUUAGCGCUUUUUGAAUAAUGUAGCAAAUUGCUAUGUCUAUCCUGGUUUAUCACGCCAUGCGUACUUUAUUACAUUUUCCUUCUCUGAAUUUUUGGAUUUUAAUUACUUUUUAUAUCUUUUUUACUCUAUACAGUUGAGCCUUGCUAUAAAGCUCCUUUCAGGAGUCAGAUAAGUGUUCUAUGGGGGUUUUUUUCCCCUUGUGGAGGAGAGGUGGAAAUUGGGUGGGAAGAAAUAACAGAGGAUUUGAACUGGGAAAAGGGAGUGGUUAUUUAUUUCUUGUUUUGCAGCUCCUGGCUGGAAGAAAAGCUGUCACUGGCUGCCAUGUUUUUGGGGCAGUGACUAUAGUGAUGCUCCACUGUAUUUCAGAACGUAAUGAAGCAUAUCAGAGUAGCAUGUGAUCAGUAACUUUAUUUUUUACAAUUAAAUUCUUUGGAGCUUAUCAGUUUGUUACAGUUUCUAUGCUGAAUUUAAAAAAUGCAUUGCCCUAAUGUGUAGACUCUCCUCCUGUUUUUCCCAAAAAGCAGCAAGGUCUCUGCUGGUGCAGCUGCCCGAGAAGGCGAGUACUGCAACCUCAUGGCCAUGUUUUUGUUAAAGUAGUAUGAAAGCUGUAUUUCUAUUUAUUGAAACUCCUUGUACUGAAAAGUCCCAACAUGCACUAGCACUGAAGGCAGAGAGGUGAGGACGCUGAGCCCUCUCAGUGCCUCCAGGGUAUAGGUAAUUCCUUCAAUCCAGAUUGCCUUGAGGAAAACAAUUACAAAACUCUGUACCUUCUGUGAACUUAGGCAAAUGAAAAGGGUUUUCUGUUCACUUCUUCCCGUCUCACUGUGCAUGCUGCUUGAAUGUCUCAUCCUAAAGAUACGAGCACAGUGGCUGUCUGAAGUCCACAGUACAGUGUAUGUAGCAUAUGGCUGGAGUGCUGUCUACUGAAAAAAUACUCUAAAAUCUAGUUUUUUGUAGUGCUUAACAGUUUCUAAUAAAUUCUUUUCACUAA